AUGUCCCUUCCGAAACAUCUCAUGGAAGAUUGGUCCGGUCUCAAUCUCGUCGCACCGCAUAAAUGGCCUGUACCUGCAGAUGCCAUCGUGCCCAAAUUUUACAGAUAUUAUGUCCCUGUCAAAUCACGUCAGACGUCCUCCCAACGUUCUCUGAGCCCUAUCCUGCUUGUUGAAGAAUGCGGAGUACCCAUAGAUCCCCGGAAGCUCAGCAUUGACGAACGCUCGCAAUGCUACACUCAUACGUUACGCUUGCAUUAUGCGGAUCAGUAG